GGCACAAGAUGGAACGUCUUAUCAAAUUAUAUUCUGUAACAAACUUGUCUGUUUUGUGUUUUCAGAUGCGUUGUGACAAAUAGAAGUUUAUAGAAUGAAGGUAGACAAACCAUUAUAAGAGAAAAAACAAACAUGCGGUUUACAGACUUCCGGAACCUCAAGCGAUUCGUGUUCAUAUUGGUCUUAGUUGGAGUCAGUCUGGCAUACAUGCAGCUCGUUGCCAUGGAGCAUUGGGAUAAAUUCGUAAAUUUCCGAACUCGAAUAUCUCAGAAUAUGCGAAUCGGUGGCGGUGGAGGUAAUGACAUUCAGGAAGAGCAGACGACAGCCGACGAUAUGAAUUUAAUUUAUUUUGAGUAUAACGAAACUGAAAUGAAGAAAAAGCUUGCGGACUACGAUAACCCGAAUGACGACUACAAAGACGAUGCAGACGACCAUGAAAAAGCUGCAGACGGAGAUGACAAAGCUGGUUUUAGAGAUACUGACGAGGUGGAUAGCGGAAACACGUCUAAAAUUAAUCACUGGAAAUCUUCAGUUAACCAAAUAAUUGGACAUAGAAAAUACAGAAAUCGUUUUCAAACUAUUGACCUAAAACGAUUAAUUUUGAAUGAAACAGACUUUACUACCAAACCUUUGAUGGUGUUAUUUUCUUCCUGGGUGUCCAGUAGUGAAAAGGCCAAAGUGCAUUCUAUUCUUAGGCGAUUAUGGAAUGCAUGGCCGUCAAUCAAACCGGUGGUGUUGACGAAAGACUCUGUCGUGCAAAAAGAAUGCAGAAAUGCCGGCUGGGGUGUCCAGACCGUGACAGAUUCAGACAGUAGGUGCUACGGACCACCAGUUCUGUCUACAAUGUUUACUGAUGUAUUCAAAAGGCACGAUGCCUACUUUUACGGUUAUUCAAAUGCGGACAUAAUUUUUGGAGACGGACUCGAGAAAACCAUGUCAUUUUUAUAUAACUACUUCAGUCCCUGGAAAACGAAACCGGUUUUAGUGGUAGGCAGACGACACAAUGUUAAUUUUGUAAAAUAUGCAAACUUUACGCUAAAUACGCCCCAUGACGUGGACCAACUGACAAAAAUGGGAACUCUAGUAAUUCGGUCUACAGAUUACUUUUUCACGAACAGACAUUUUCCUUGGGGUAAAGCACCAAAAGUUACUAUAGGCAGACCAUUCGUUGUACGUGCCAUUAUAGGGUGGGCAUUGCAAAGAGGCUAUUACGUCAUUGAUGCCACGAACACCAUUCAAUCUGUCCAUUUAACUACACAGGAUGGAGUUUUUGCAUCGUGGCACAAGAAAGGGGUCAUGUGCAACCAGCGGGUGCUAGGCGCUCUACGUUGGAGCAUUCCGGUAUCAAUUGGACACUGUGAGUGCGCCAGACUCGAAACUUUCAAAGGAAAAAAUAACACAAUAAAAUUGAGACACAGGCCACCGAACAGAAAAUUAUGUGGAAGAUGAAAACAUCUAGCAUAACUGAUCAACGAGAAAGUAUACUGUAUUCUGCUUCUUUGCAUAUGCUAAUUACGAGAAACCACCUUGAAACAUUUCCUGUUUAAUUCACAGCAUCUUUUUACAUGUAUCAAAAUAACAUUGUUCCAGCGUUUCUAUACAUGUAUUAAAGAUACAAUGUAUAAAAUAUGACGUUAAAACUGAUAUCCUCAGAUGAAAUCUGGCCCUUUAAAACCGCUAGA